UUUUUUCCUCCUUUUUGGCUUGGUGAUUUUUUUAUUUUUUUUUAUUCCCUCCCACGAAGAGGCUUCCGAAGCGGGGCGAGGGCUGGUUUCCCGUAGAUGGUGCCGCGGCGGGGAGGGCAGCCCCCCUGCCAGCCCCAGGCCGGGGGAGCAGCCCCUGGCUUCACUCGCCCUGCCUAGAGGCCCUCUCCGCAGCACCGGCAGCGGGGACGAGUGGCAGCCGUCAGCCCGCAGCCCAGUCCCCGGUGGCGGGCGGCGGCGCCUCCGCUGAGCGGCUCCGGGGAAGAUGCGGCCCGGCGAAGACCGCCGCGGGGAGGGCGCUAUGCGGGAGAGAUAACGCGGCUCCGCCAGCAGCCGGGGGCGUCGCGGUGCCGGCGGGGGGAGCCAGCAGCCCCCGGGACCUGGGAACCUCCGGAGCGGGCCGGGGAACGGCGGGACGAGACCCGGCGGCGGGGAGCGGCGAUUUGCCGUGCCCGGCACCGCGCCUCGGGACCGGCGUGCGGGAGGCUGAGGAGCGCGGGCGGCAGCAGGAGGAGGAGGAGGAGGAGGAGGGCAGCGCCAUGACUCACUUACAGGCAGGGCUCUCCCCUGAGACUCUGGAGAAAGCCCGUCUGGAGCUGAACGAGAACCCCGACACCUUGCACCAGGACAUCCAGGAGGUGCGGGACAUGGUCAUCACCCGGCCGGACAUCGGCUUCCUCCGCACCGAUGAUGCCUUCAUCCUGCGGUUUCUGCGGGCCAGGAAGUUUCAACACUUCGAGGCAUUUCGCCUCCUGGCGCAGUACUUUGAGUACCGCCAGCAGAACCUGGACAUGUUCAAGAGCUUCAAGGCCACCGACCCGGGCAUCAAGCAGGCGCUGAAGGACGGCUUUCCUGGUGGGCUAGCCAACCUGGACCAUUAUGGCAGGAAGAUCCUCGUCCUUUUUGCUGCCAACUGGGACCAGAGCAGGUACACAUUGGUGGAUAUUUUGCGCGCCAUACUUCUUUCUUUAGAAGCCAUGAUAGAAGAUCCUGAGCUUCAAGUGAAUGGAUUUGUUUUGAUUAUAGACUGGAGCAACUUCACCUUCAAGCAGGCCUCUAAGCUCACACCAAGUAUGCUUAGGUUAGCCAUAGAGGGCCUUCAGGACAGUUUUCCAGCUCGGUUUGGAGGAAUACAUUUUGUCAACCAACCAUGGUAUAUUCACGCCCUCUACACUGUUAUACGACCCUUUCUAAAGGAGAAGACACGAAAAAGGAUAUUCCUUCACGGUAAUAACCUCAACAGUCUACAUCAGCUAAUACAUCCUGAGAUCCUGCCUUCAGAGUUUGGAGGAAUGUUGCCCCCAUAUGACAUGGGGACAUGGGCAAGAACACUGCUAGACCAUGAAUAUGAUGAUGACAGUGAAUGCAAUGCAGACUCCUACAAUGCUCCAGCAAAAGAUAUAGAAAAGGACCUCUCUCCCAAGUCCAUGAAGAGGUCUCAGUCGGUGGUGGAUCCUGGGGUGCUAAAACGCAUGGAUAAGAAUGAGGAAGAAAACAUGCAGCCUUUGCUUUCCCUUGACUAACAGUUCUGAGCAUCAAACGUGAACUGAAGUGGAAGACACUCAGCAACAAGCAAACCAUUGGGAAGGAGUGUACCAGCUGGAAUCCUAUUUACUCAUGUUUAUGUAGCAUAAUGGAAGCAGGCAUAAGAUUUUACUAUUCUGCCUGAAUUCUGGAUGCCCUGGGGUGAAAAAGAAGAGAAGAAAGAAGGAAAAUAACUUAAAAAUAGGAAUCAAUAAUUUAUUAUGUAAGUGCCAACUUGUUUGUAAUUACAAUAUAAUCUUCCACUUUGACUUUCUAAGUUAUGGUAAACAAAAUGCUAUGAGUGACUACUAAACAUGUCAGUGAUGUGCACUGUACAAAGGAGUAGAAAAUGUGCAUGCAUACACACAUGCGUGCACACACAUAGAGAAACACAUACUGGACAAGAAAAAGUAUCAAACCAACUAAAUGUUGUCCUUCUUGUAGGAAGCCAUACUGCAGCUAGUAUAUUGACUGCAAUAUACAGUAUAUUCUCUGCAAUGCUCAGCAGUGUGCAAAGAUAAAGAGCAAUUAUAAGAACUUGGGGAUGCUGUAACCAGUCAAGUAUUUCCUAAAUGUAGGAAUUUAUUGCCAACUAACUUUGUGGCUUAGAAUUGUGAUUUAGCAUAAACCAUGUAGCAUUGUGAAGAAGAUAACUGAUGAGCUGGAACCAACUCUUUGACAGCUUUGAUGUUUGGCUGUAUGAGUCUGUGUGGUUUCUUCCUUAACUUUUUAUUUACAGUUUGCAAGUAACCUGGCUUGUUACCCUAAUCUAGGUUCUGUAAUGUGGGCUAUAUUGGAGUUAUUUCUCUUGAAUUUUGGGUGCACGUCAAGAAGUUUUUCAGAACUCUCUUCUCCCUUGUAGUGAGAAAAUAAUCCUCUAAGUUCAGUGCAAGAACCAAUGUUUGAAGGUAAAGCCUGGCAGCAGAGUUUAAAAGUUAAUCACUGAAUCCUGUGCAUUGGGAGACUUGGAUACACACAUAUAUAUAUUUUUACCAAUCUCUGACAAACAUAGAAGGUGACAUUGUUAGACAAGAAUAUUUAAUCGAAGGUUUAUACAGGAAAUCAUACCUAUUCAAUGUACUCUAGAUAUAUUAUAGAUUGUAUAUUGAGAUGUCAUGAUUAAUAUAGUACAACUUUCCAUAGAACCACAGCAUCCCACACCAAGCAAGGAUUAAUACAAAUAAGUUGUAGCCAAACACCUCAGCCUAUGUAUUUGGGGCACUUUUUUUUUUGUUUGUUUGUUUUUGUAGUGUAAGUGUAUACAUUUAACAUGUGCUACAAUGGAAAAAUAUGUUUUACCUCAAAAGAGCAACAGGUUUCACUAGGUAUUAAGUUAGCUGAAAUGCAGGGGCUGUGUAAUGGUUGUUGUGCAUUGAUGUGAGUGCAAUUUAUUAUAUACUGAGACAAGAAUACAUCCUUUGAUCUAGACAGGCAUUUCUUAUUAGGGCUAACUGCGAUCAGGAUGAGAUAGCACAGGAUGCUAACCUAAACAUCCAGAUAACUGGAGAUAUUGCAACAGCACGUCUGAACAAUGCAGUCAUUUAUAAUAUGCUCAACAGAUGACCACUAGGGAGGCAAUAGCUCAUAGGUACCAUGCCUCUGAAGCUCUGUGGUAAGAGUUUCCUCCGUCACUUAAGUGUUCACUGAAAUUUCAAAAUUGCUGGUUAUAGGUCACCUCUCCUUGCUCAGAAUGAUUCCAGAUUUAAGAAUUGGUGGAUUCUGGAGAGUUAAGAGAAAUCUUGGAAAUCUCAGAAUUUAUCCAUGGUGGCAACUUUGGCAUUCCUCAGUGCUGAGAUAAGCCAGUCUCUUCCAGCAUCACCCUUGAUUAGCUCAGGCAGUACGUAGAUAAAGCAGUUCAUUAGGAAUACUGAUAAAUAAAAUAUGCUUCAACAUGCAUAUUGCAGAAACUUGUCUGAACUAAUAAUCUCCUUUCCACUCUCUUAUUUUUAUUUUCAUGACCUGUUAUGAAAUGCAAAGGGAAAAGAUACAGAGCCUGAACUUGAGAAGUAUUAAUCAGUGGCAGUUGCAGAAAGGGUGAAUGGGAACUUUAGCUGCCUACAUCUUUGCAGUCUGUCCUACAAGUUUUCAGUAGAUGAAGGUACUGUAAUACUACUUCCACACUUUGAUGGGCUUGAAAAUAUGAAGAGUUCUUAUCUACAGUUUUGUUCUAUUUUUCAUGAAUCUUGUAACAUCAUGCUAUUUAGGUAGAAUAUAUCUCUAGAGUAUGUAAGUGCCAUAUUUGAAUGUAUGUUAUACAUUCCCACAUCUAUGGCUAGUGGAAUAGUAUAUUGCUGUAGCUGAUUCUUAAAUCCUUGUUAGAUAAACUGUAAUAUCAGUAGAAAUGUUCACUUUGUAAGGGCUCUGGGAUUUAGUCACAUUUGUGCAAACUGUGACACAAUAGUGAUCAAAGUCUUCAUGGAUGCUUUUGUAUACUUGGGCCAAACAUUGGUGUAAGCCUGCCCAGCGCUGACUGUGGAUUAUACCAGCUGUCUGGACAGAAAACGCAAAUGCCUCUUAAUCCUGAAGAGUAUCUUUGUACAAAAGUAUAUCUGCUCAACUGUAUGAAGCUUCUGCAUACCAACUGAUAAAUCUGUUUUGUUUGUGAGUUCUUUAUUAGCUGUAAUUUAUGUAAUGUUUUCUGAUGCCUGAUUUCAGCUUGAAAUUAAUGAGCAUUAAUUAUUAUUUCCAGUUAGUAAAAGUAGGUUAUAUUUGCAUUAUUGGGUCUUCAUCUUUCACCAAGAACAAACCUACUUUUUCAAUAAGAUCCUCACUGUUAAGGAGUUGGGCUACAGGUCUUCUUGGCUACAGUUUUAUUUCACUGAACCAAAUUCUUGCAGUGGUAAUUGCAGUUGUGACACUGGAAGAAAAUCCAAAAACAGAUGAGAAAAGCAAUUUUUUGUCACAUGCUCUUGUUAUUCUUUGAAUGCGUUUCUCUUUUACUCAUUAGAGUACAUAAAGGGUUUCCUUCUUUCCCUAGCUUGUUGUAGAAAAUCUUUAUAGAUAGGUCAAUUUUUAAUAGCUGAAAUUUGGACUGAAAACUUUUUCCAAUCUUUAUUAUAAUAACACUUAAUGUUGAAUUUUUAUAGCAGAACUGAAGUGCUAAAAAUAAAAUUCAAAUGUUUGUGAGGGUCAUUUUUAUUUCUGACCUUUGUUGUAUAUUGGGUAGAAUAAAUCUUGUUGUGCUUACGCAUGCUGAUAUGCAUAUCAGAAGAAUCCUGCCAUAUGAAGGACUUAGUGGAAAGACUGGAUUUACCUGUUCAACAAGCUAAGUGAAAAAAAUAAAAAUGAAAAUAAAAAGGAGAAAAAAAGUGUCAAAUAGAUUUAAUGCUUUAGGCAAGAACAAAAAAUGCUCUCUUAGAGUCUUUUCAAUGACAGACUUUAUUGAACAUAUACGGAAAAGUCAUGGAAACCUUAAUGCCCUAAAGCUCCUUGAUUCUAUAAUCACAUUGUGCAAGUCUGUUGGCCUUAUGAAGACAGGUAAUCAGUCCCACUUAUCUCCAACAAACAUGCAGGUUCCCAGUAGGUAAUAGGUGUAUAAUAGCUUUAAGAAGCCUUUCUUUACAGAAAUGUAAAUUUAUUGUAUAGCAUAUUUAAAAAGAUGUUUUGCACUCUGCAAACAUGAGAUGCCUAUCACUAAAGAUAUUUAUAAUGGUAUACAUAAACAACACAGAGUUAAAGAAAAUAGGUGUAGAAUGGACCUCAAGAUGUCAGCUGUAUUGUUGUGUGGAAGAGCAGAUUUUCUUCAGUUGUGUCUCUCUUAAAGAAUUGUUUUUACAUUGCAUGGAAUGUUCUUUGUAUCAUUUAAACACAGACACAGCAAAGCCUAAGCACAAUAUCUGACAAAAUUGUAACUUGAUGGUCUCAUGUUAAUUUCUUUUAUUAUUUAUUUUCAUUAUUUCUCUUUGGGAAAUUAAAUACUUUGCCAAAUGUAAUCCUACCAUUCAGAAUUACCUGGAAAUCAAUUUGCAAUAAGCUCUUGUCAAGUCCCUGUUAAUGUAUUAUUUUUGUUACUGGUGCAUUGAAUUUUUCAGAUUUUUGAAAAAGUCACCUUUUGAAGAAGGUAUACGCGAGAAAAGAAUUCAAAAUAAGACUUCAGGAUUUUUUUUAGAAUAUUAAAAGAGGACUGUCAGCAGGGGGAAGCUGAAUUUGUUUUAGAUAAUUUUUAUUUGCCUCUGGGGAAAGUCCUUUUGAGCUAUCAACAAGGUACUAGGACAAAUUUGUCAGAAUAUCAGUGUGAAAAACAAGGGAAAAGAUCUCAAAGAAUUGUACUGAAAAAAUCACAUGGCUAGCUGUGUAAUGUUCUUUUAAUGAAAGGCAUUAUGUGAGAAGCUUCUGUGCAUGCGUUUGUGGUGCUGAGAAUAAGACUUUUAUCCAAAAAGUUCAAAGCACGCUAUGAAAUCAAGAAAAUAGUAGUUAUCCCAUUUCUCAGGUAGCAAUAUGGAAACAGGCAGAGAUGUUCAAAUCUCAAUAGAAGACAUUCAUAUUGAGUUUACGUAUGGCAAAAGCACUGCUUUGAUCACUCAGUCUGGUUUGAACUGAAAGAGAGAAAAUCUUUUGUGUGAGAAGAAUGUCUGGCUGUUUAUUCCGUCAUGCCCAGUUUCCUUAGAAAUGUCCUAAGCAUUUUAGCUUGAGCCCUUUGCAAACCAGGGAUGGUUUCCUUGAGUUAUAUCUGAAUGUAUGUGCCUUCUGCUGAGGAAUUGGUAAAAAAGAGCUAUGUCCCCAAGAUGAAAUAACAUUUUCUGCAUCUAAUCGUUGAAAAACUUUUUACUGUUGUCUGCCCAAUAGAGAACUCUGAACUUGCCAAGGGAGGAUCUCUUCAUCACAGCUUUGAACAAUACUAAUUUCCUGUUAACCAUACAAGGAACACUGACAUUUCAUUUGGAGGCAUUCUUAAGUGACCUCCAGUGAAUGUGCAGAUUAACUAGAUAGGACUUCACAUUCUGUAUUACCUUGUAACUCUUAAUGAUGCUGUUUCAAUGGUCUGUAUUCAGCACAUUAAAUUUGACAUAUCAUUCUGUCUGCAUUUCAGCUUCCAUUUGAGUGGGAAAUUUUUCCUAUCAGAUUUUGGGAUCUUAGUUUCUUUCCUUUAUGUAAGUCUGUUGUCACAAAUACAGCACUGAGCCCUGAUGGAAUGUGCAACUUGCUACUUGAUUUUGCUGUUUAAAAAACGAUGAGUUGUUGUAUAGUGGGCAUUGGUGCAGCUGAAGCAUAGGUCACAAGCUCACAGUAAUUUGUCUUUCAUUCACCAAAGUUUUGUGUAUAUAAACUGCUUUGUUUAAUAGUGGAUAUAUCAAACUCAAGUUUAGAACUGAAAAAGAAGCUUUCUACAGUGAGUUCAAAGUCUGAGCUGGUGAUAAUUUUGCAGAAUUCAUAUAGGAAGGAAACACUGCUCUAAUGGAAAAUGUGGAUGUUCCCUUAUAGCAUGCUAUUCAUGUUAAAAAAAAAUGACCAAAGUGUUUUGUCUAUGGGAACUCUGGUCAGGCAACACUUGUUUCUGUACUGACUGCAAACAAUAAGUACUCUCUAACAAAGGUGUGACAAAUCUAUUUGAUUUUGGCAAAUAUGUCAAUUUACUGGAAAAUAUCUCAACAGCAGACAAAUCAUGGAAAUUAAUUAGGAUUUGUAUUUAAUAUGGAAAUACUGCUGUGACUCCUUAAAAUGCUGCUAUGUCAUCAGUGAUGCACAGCAAUGUUUAAAGGCAAGCAUCUCAAAUGGGGUCCCUUGAUUAAUAAAAAUUUAAGGAGAGAAAACAGAAAGGGAAGAGAUAAAUAGAAAAAUGAUAAAAUGCAAUUAUUAAGUACAGAAAAUGGCCUGUGAUAGAAAGCUGGAAUGGCAAAAAUGAUGUGAAGGUCUACCACAUAUUUUACGAGCAGAGUUCCCAAUUCUUCCCACACUAUUUCACUGGUAUUGUUAUAAUGGAAUUUCCCAAAUCUUCAGAAGAUGCUUCUGAGCAUCUUGUGAAAUCACAGACAAAGCAGUUGAGCCUGAGAACGACUAAACGGUUCAGUGCUUGCCACCAGAUUCUCAGCUAGAGAGGAGACCCUGGCUGACUGAGACUUGGGCACCUGUAGAAAGAUGCAAACUCCUGUGCCCUGCCUGGCUGAGGAAGUCACACAGGAAGAGAAGGCAAGGAGCCGUACACCCAAAAAUAUAGGUGUGAGGCCUGCAGAGUAAAGGACAAUGGGGAGGUGGAAGUGAACAGAGCAGUAAUUGGAAUACAGUGGUGAGAGAGGCUUUCAUUUUCUCUAUAAUUGAUAUUAAAGAGUCCUUAUGUAGCCCAAUGUCAAAUCUGCCAUGAGAAGGGUGGAAAAAAAAAAUAUUUCUCUCUUUUCAAAUCAAUUGUGAUUUUGAUGCAUUUAAACCUGAUUUCUACAAGUCCCUGCUGCAGAGGAAACUUAACAGGAGAAUGGAUUCAAGUCUGUUUUGCCCUAACAUCUGUAUCUGCUCCUGUUAUGUGUAGAAGGCUGUGAGCAUAAAUGGUACAGAGACCUCCCCUAUACACCUUGGUGCUAUGUGAUAAUCAUGCAUCUUUCAAGUUGUUGUGAAUGGUGUGUCCUGUAACAGGUCUGCUGGUGAUAUUAGUAGUAGCCAGAGAGGAGAUGAUUUAAAGGAAAGUAACAAUUUUAAGCACUACACUUAAAUCUAAAAAUACUAAAUUGGUGAUGGUUGCAAGUGUUGCCUAAGAUUAGAAUGAAUUAAAGAUUUUCAGUGUUUGGUUGCAUUGUAUCCUUGAUGAGACUUAGCGUGUAAUCAGUUUCCCUAAAAUACAAUUUUCCCCGAGGUUCCUGUGCAUCUUUCAUGCUUCAGUGGCAGAACAAAUUAAGCAGUAGAAAAUAUUUUAAAGCUGUGAAUUUGUUCAGAUGGACACUUGUAGAAUACCUAGCAGUAUUAAAAAUAAGUAAAAAUGUUUUGCAGGUAACUAGGCUUCAGCUUGACAGUAAUGUCUCUUAAAUCAGUGGGCUCUAGCAUUUUCAUGGUCUGUUGUAUGAAAUGUACCCUGCUAACUUUUCCCAUAUGAAUUCAUUCUUCUCUUACCCCUUGCUUUCCACAACAUCUUGUUUUCUGUGUAUAAUUCAUUCUGUGUAUAAUUGUGGAAAACUAUAAAAAUAAACAAACAAACCAUCAACCAACAAAACACUGACAAUCUACAGACAGGAGCUUGAAAACCAUUAUUUAAAAUAUUUCCCUUACAGAAAUCUCUGGUGAGUGAAUAUCCCGUCCAGAGUGAAAUGGAAGAUGAGAGUAGAGCCUGACUUCGCCAUAGAUGAAUACAAAGAAGAUUAUACAAAGAUUUUUGCUAGGAAUCCAUAAAGGUGUAGAUAGACAAUCACUUGAGACAGCUCUUGUGAUUUAAGGUGUUGCCUUCUCAUGGCUGCUAAUUAUCACUCUUCAGCUAAGGAUUACGGCCCCAACAAUUAAGCAGCAGUAGAUUAUAGCAGUAGUCCUUUUCCAAUGAAUGUUGUGAACUACUCUCCCUGCCUGUUGAUUCUGCUUUCACACACAUGUAAAAGCAUUCGUGUAAUCUAUUAAAACAUCCUAGAGGAUGGUGAUUAGUAGCUAGUCAUGGCAACACCUAAAAUUGCAGAAGCUAGGUUGGCUAUCUGUGCCUUAAGCCUCUCUGUUCUCUAAUACUUGUGUAGUAGUAGCAACUGAAUACUUUCAGUUUUUGUUUGUUGCAUGCAGUAAUCUACUUCAGAGCCCUGCAGAAAAGCCUAUAGCACCACAUCAAGAAUUCAGAAGUUACAGAAGUAAUUUACAAACAGUGCUUGUAUCCUCAGGAUAAAUUUUGUUUGUUCGUUUCUAAUUUAGUAUUGUUAGGACUCAGGGGGUCUGAGAUUUGUAAAGUCAGGACAAGUCUAUCAAUCAUGUUCUCUCUAUGUAUAUUUUCAUUAAGUAUUCUAUUUUCACAACUUGUUGUCAGUUUGAAUUUUAUUCUUUGACCUAGUAAGAUUGUUACUUAUGAUCUGUUGUGUUCCAACCUAAAAUCUGAAGAUUAAGUAACUUGUGAAACAUGUCACUCUUUACAGUGUAUAUUUAAAUAUCAUCAGUUCUCUGUGAUCAGUGGGCUGCUUUGGAGAAUACUACUACUUUAAAUCACUGUUGGAUACUGAGGAAGAAUAACAUUCUGUUAAAUAAAAUAUGACCAAAUGAAAAUUAAAA